AUGGGAAAAUUUAAUCUCAUAAUCUGCUUGUUUCUAUCAAUAUUUUCUUUCUCACACGCUUACAAGACAGUGCUUCAACCGAUCACCAAUAAAGACACUGGCGAAGUGACUGGAGUGAAAAAAGCGAAACUGAUCACCGUUGAUCAAGAUCCGGAAAUCUCUGUGGAUUUCCCAGCAAUUUGGAAUGAGUUCAGAAAUCCUUGGGUGAAAGAGCCGGAGUUUCCGAAGCUUCUCGGCACUUCAGUGCACUAUGCAAGUCAAUGCAAUUUUACAAUGAAUCACAAAGAAUUGAUGGAUCAGCUCAGCGGUGAAAAAUUCGAUGUCGGGAUCACGGAGAUGUACGAUCAUUGUGGGAUUGUGCUCUUAAACCGAAUCGGGGCAAAGUCUCACGUUUUGGCCACAUCAACUAUCUCGAUGGAGUCAAUCAAUCAAUUCAUUGGAAUUCCGAAUUUAUAUUCUUAUGUGCCAGUCUCCGUGGCUAAAGCCUCCGAUCAGAUGGGUCUGAAGAUGAAAAUUGGAUCGAUCGUUUCAAUGCUUGGACUUCGGUAUUACUAUUAUCGUUUCCGGUUGGAGAUGGACAAAGUGAUCGAUCACCAUUUUGGAGUGGGAUCGUCGAGUACAUCGGAAAUGAUUGGAAACGCUGACAUGGUGUUGACGAAUUCGCAUCCAUAUCUUGAUUUCGCUCAUCCGACUUUGGAGAAAAUCGUUGACAUUGGGAGUAUAAGUGUUGAUGAACCGAAAGCACUAGAUGAGAGAUGGCUGAAAAUCACAAGCGUACGUUCGAAGACGAUUUUACUCUCGUUUGGCUCUGUUGCGUAUAGUACAUUGAUGCCAAAAGAAUGGAGAGAUUCGAUUGUUCAAGCGUUAAAGGCUUUCCCGGACGUGACUUUCAUUUGGAAAUACGAGAAACCGGAGGACAAUUUCGCUGUUUCAGCACCAAACGUGAAACUGAUCGAUUGGGCUCCACAAUUGGAUUUAUUAUUUGCUGGGAAGAUCGAUCUUUUCAUCACUCAUGGUGGCCUUGGAUCUGUUUAUGAAACAGCACUAGCGGGAGUUCCAGCCAUUUUCAUUCCCCUUUUCGCUGAUCAAUUCCGCAAUGCGAUGAUGUGUGAAAGAAAAGGUUUCGGAGAGAUUCUACCAAAAGAAAAGCUUGGAGAGCCACAAUUUAUCAUUGAUUUGAUUAAGAAAAUGUUGGAGAGUGAAAGUUACAAAGAGAACGCUGAGAAGACGGGAAGACGAAUGAAAUCCAGACCUUUAUCUCCAAGAGAGCAACUUGUGAAACACAUCGAAUUUGCUGCUCGUGAAGGAAAACUUGGUUUUCUUGAUCCAGCCGGGAGACAAAUGUCUUUCAUUCAAUACUAUUGUCUUGAUGUUCUAGGAAUUUUGAUCACUUUUUUAUUGAUUUGUUCGUUGUUUAAGGGGAAAAUGAAGAAUGAU